GGAGGGGCUAAAAUUAGUUGUGGGUGGGGCAAUCUCACUAAUUAAAAAUGGCGAAAGGAAGCUUACAAGAAAAGAUUUAUUUUUGCAUUGGAUUCGUAACAGGAGUUGUUUUUAGCUCACUACUUGCAAUACUGUUAACCAAUUAUUCCUUCAGUACCAUUAAUUACUAUUAUUAUUAUAAUGAGAAGAUUUUUACCAUCCCAGGAGCAUCACUAGGGCCCGGUGUGUUUUAUUAUGAAGACAAGUCCCAGGACCCAUUGAGCAAAUCCCCUCCUCUCAUUCAAGAGAAGUACAUCAGCGAGGAGGAGGAGGAGGAGCGGCGAUUUAAAUCAGACGAACUUUUAAGCGAAGAGAGGAAAGAACGACCCCUCGGCCGUCAGAAGGCGAGUAAUUUGAUGGUUGUAUUAAUGUCUAACGAGAGAGGGGGAGGACGUCCGAACUGCCAAUUGCAAGAAUAUCAAGAACUGAUCAAGGACACUUGGGGCAAUAAUUUCAAUAAUAUAUUCCUUGUUGAGGACAAGAGGUGUAAGACGAGUGGAGAGGGAGAGAGAAAAGGGAUCUCGUGGCUAAGGAAAAACGACUCUUUCUCGUAUAGUUACGACGAUGGAUACUUAAACAUUAAUAAGCUACUGACCAAACUCCACAAUGCGUUAACUUCAGAGCAUCACUGGGUCCUAUUCGUACAGCCAGAGACCUACGUCAACUUGAAGCGUCUCGCCCUUUUACUGGAUAGUCAUCGAUACUUUGAUGAUUUAGUUUUUGGUAAAUCAUCUUCAGCACAUUAUAAAGGACUAAAUGGAGGAGUUCUUAGUGCUUGUGGGCCCAAUGGAGGUAUAGUGAUGAGUAGAAGAGCUUUGGCUAGGCUGAUUAGGGAAGGGAGUACGUGUUUAAUAGGGUUGGAGUCACCCCCUCCCCUUAGUACUAUUGCCCAUUGCAUAGCUGAUAAUCUUCUUAUUGAUUGUUCCUCUCAUUUACCAAUGUUAAAUUCUUUCGAUGAAGACUUUAUACUGAACGAUGACAAGCUCUCCUCUUUGAAAUAUUUGUACAAACAAGUCACCAUACAUCCUGUUAGGUCAAGAUACUCCUACUACACUUUAAACUAUUACUACACUCAAUUGGAGUACAACGAAACAGCCAGCGGGAUCAGGAACCUUCAACGAAACAUGAAGAGGCUCUUGUCGAAAAUGGCUGAAGCUAAUCCGAAAAAAACAUCCCCGGUCCCAGGCUUUAUUUUCGCCAACGACUACCCAAUGUAUGAGGCACCACCGACUGACAUGAGUGAACUUCAAGCUUGGAUGUACUUUGAUUCUGAUAGCAUUUAUAUUGAUCGGGACAUGGAUCCAAAAUGGAAACUUGGCCACUGGAAGAAUGAGAUCGAUUUGGCUCUUUUGGAAGCAUUAAGACUAGCUAAUAAUGACUAUCACACCGACCUUGUCUAUCAUAAUAUAAUAAAUGGUUAUCUAAAACACAGCCCCAAUGGGGGCCGCUACAUACUUGAUGUUGAAUUCAAAGAGGCCAAUAAUCCUUACGUAACGCUCCAGAGAAGGUUCUCAUUUAUGCGUCCAUAUCAAUCGAGUUUCUUGAAACUUCCCGCAAAAAACCUUGAUACCGAGGUGAUUAAUUUUAUUGUGCCUAUUAGUAGUGUCGGGAGCAGGCUAGACCAGUUUUUUGUCAUGUAUGAGUCCUUGAUCCCAGUCUCCCUCAAUCACUUGCACCUCAUCCUUGUCGUGUAUAAUAAUGACGACAUCGGGAAAUGUCGGGAGCUUAUUUCCAGAUACCAUAAACUCUACCCGUCCAGUAAAUUCAGUAUCGUUCAAGGAAAAGGAACCUUUGCUCGUGCUAAGGCUCUUGAUGCCGGUACUUCGAUACUCAACGACGGCGACCUCAUGUUUUUCUGUGACGUCGACAUGGACGUGACGCCAGAGUUUCUGCACAGGUGUCGCUUAAACACGGUCCGCGGCAAGCAAGUGUACUAUCCGGAGGUUUUCAAAAUGUACAACAUGAAAUAUGUCUAUAAACUGUCCAGGAUGCCGAAGCACCUAUCGAUAUCGAGGAAGCACGGGCACUGGGGCUAUUACUCGUAUGGGAUGCUCUGCAUGUAUAAAGGAGACUAUGUGAAGAGUGGUAAGUUGGACACCACUUAUUACGGGUGGGGCAGGGAAGACUUUGAGUUCCACAAGAGGAUAAUAGACUAUGGCUACGAUGUAGUGAGGGCUCCCGAUCCUGGCCUCGUCCACAGGUGGCAUCCCAAGGUUUGUAAUCCUAAUGGACAAUGGAAAGGAGACUGUAUCUCUUCGCAGACUGAGUCAAUGGCUGACAGGAAGGAGCUUGGGAGAUAUGUCCUUGAAUUGGAAAAGAAUUCAUCGCACUUAUUUUGUAUAUAAAAUAAGAGCUUCAACUAAAAUAUUAAUUAUAAUAAGUUCAUUUUAGAAUAGUUCAAGUAUCAUUUAUUCAUUUUUCAUGUUUAAGAUUAUUUGACUAUUUUUGUGCCAACCGAUAAUUAUUAUAAUAUUCAAGAAAACUGAUUAAUGUUUUAAUAAC